CUCAGUUCUUAUCUCUUUAAUUUGUAGCUUCUUUCUUUCUUUCUUUCUCAUAUAUUUGUUUCACCUACUACACAUAGAUCAACAUCAACAUCAACAUCAACCUUUCUCUCUCUCUCUCUCUCUCUCUCUCUCAAUGGAUCUGAUGAACUCUCUGCUGAAUUUGGUGGUGCCACCGGCAAGCCUGGUGAUGCUAGCGUUUGCAUGGCCGGCCUUGUCUUUCAUCAAUGCAUUCGAAUGGCUUUUCAACACUUUUUAUAGUGAGAAUAUGGAAGAUAAGGUGGUCAUCAUCACUGGAGCUUCUUCUGGGAUUGGGGAGCAAAUUGCAUAUGAAUAUGCAAAGAAGAGGGCCAAUCUUGUAUUGAUCGCACGAAGAGAGCACAGACUCCGAGGUAUCGGUGAGAAUUCAAAACAUCUGGGCGCAAAGCAUGUCAUGAUAAUGGCUGCAGAUGUUGUGAAGGAAGAUGAUUGUCGGAGAUUCAUCAACGAGACCAUGAACUUCUACGGGCGUGUGGAUCAUCUUGUGAAUACGACAAGUUUGGGGCAUACCUUCUACUUUGAGGAAGCUGCUGAUACAUCUGUGUUCCCCAUUUUGAUGGACAUAAACUUUUGGGGAAAUGUUUAUCCUACAUACUUUGCUCUUCCUUACCUAAGACAACACCAUGGUCGAAUUGUAGUUAAUGCAUCAGUGGAGAACUGGUUACCAUUGCCGAGGAUGAGCCUGUAUUCUGCAGCAAAGGCAGCUCUAAUAAACUUUUAUGAGACACUAAGGUUUGAAGUGAAAGAUGAGGUUGCAAUAACAGUUGCAACACAUGGUUGGAUUGGAAGUGAAAUGAUUAGGGGCAAAUUCAUGCUAGAAGAAGGUUCAGAGAUGCAGUGGAAGGAAGAAAGUGAAGUACAAACAUUUAGUGCUCCUGUGGAGGAGUUUGCAAGGUUGAUUGUAUCUGGCGCCUGCCGAGGAGAUGCAUAUGUGAAGUUCCCGAGUUGGUACGAUGUAUUCCUACUUUAUAGGGUCUUUGCACCAAAUGUUCUAGCUUGGACCUUUCGCUUGGUGUUUGCAAACCAUGGGGUAAGAAGAAGUUCACUCAUAGGAACUGGAAAACCUCUUCUUGAGGCCGCCUCCCCGAGGAAACUUCUCACAGGUCCUAAUUUCUCCCAACUCCCUUAUCAGCAGCAGUAGCAGCAGCAGAAGCAGAAAAAAAUGGAAUAAACAAACACUACUCAGUAGCAUCGCUUGAAUUUGGUAUUAGUUUUUGUUAAUUUUGUGCUCUAGUGUUGUCAGAUUAUUAUGAUGUUGUAAGUAGACUAUUCUCUGUGCUCUUUUUAAAUAAAUCUCUCCAAGCAAAGUUUUCAUUUCAAUAUGGGACAAGGAGGGAUAUACCAUC